GCUGCUUCCGGUUCCGGUUUUGUGCUGACGAAGCGUAAGGUCUGGGCUGCAGUGUCUCACAGCCGGAGCUCAUACGUGUCAGCCUUGUACUGCAGAACCGAUUCAUACAGCAUGGCUCCAAAGGGUACCAGCAAACAGCAGUCUGAAGAAGACCUGCUGCUCCAGGAUUUCAGCAGGAAUUUGUCCGCCAAGUCCUCUGCGCUCUUCUACGGCAAUGCCCUUAUCGUGUCCGCCAUUCCCAUUUGGCUUUACUGGAGGAUAUGGCAUAUGGAUUUGGUUCAGUCUGCAGUUCUCUACAGUGUCAUGACCCUAGUCAGCACAUACCUGGUUGCCUUUGCUUAUAAAAACGUCAAAUUUGUCCUUAAACACAAAGUGGCCCAGAAACGCGAAGAUGCAGUCUCUAAGGAGGUCACUCGCAAACUCUCCGAGGCAGACAACAAGAGAAUGUCUCGCAAGGAGAAGGAUGAGAGAAUCCUCUGGAAGAAGAAUGAAGUUGCAGAUUAUGAAGCCACAACCUUCUCCAUCUUCUACAACAAUACACUUUUCCUGGUUCUGGUUAUCAUUGCUUCCUUCUUCCUGCUCAAGAACUUCAACCCGACUGUAAACUACAUCUUGUCAAUCAGCGCUUCUUCUGGCCUCAUUGCUUUGUUGUCUACAGGGUCCAAGUGAUCUACUUUUUUGCAUCUCGGGAGGAGAGUAUUGAUCGACGAAUUGGAGUGGGGGAGGGAUCUCGGAUUUUUUUUACAGGAUUACAGUGUAUAGAAGAAAUGGGUCAGAAAUUGAGAUGUGGACUUUUCUAAUGCAUUUCAGACGAUGGAAAUCACCUUUUUACCAAUAAAAUCUGUAAACUCCAAAGUCA